CAGCACUUGUGCGCGUACAAAAAUUCAUCUUGCCCAAACGGUCGGACGUUUCGAGCUGUUUACACAAAUCGGCGGCCCGGUUUCCUUUGUGCCGAGAAAAUAGAACCUCUCUGUAAUAUUUACGUGUGAAAGCCCCGACUGCAGCACAGCAAGGCAAAAUGGCUACUUCGCAGGAUCACUGCAUUACGCUGCAAGGUUCCGCGGCCAUCAUCCACGAGUAUCUGAAGUAUAGCUCGCACUCGAUCAUCUUUCAGCGGGGCAUCUAUCCGGCCAGCGACUUCCUGCCAAUAGAGUACAACGGUGUGCCGAUGAUGGUUUCGCGCGACUCGCGCAUCAAAGAGUACAUCGACUUGAUCAUGGAACAGGUCCACGAUUUGAUCAUGAAGCGGAUGAUCACCAAGGUGACGAUGUGCAUCGUGACGGUGGAGAGCAAGGAGGUGGUGGAGCGCUGGGACUUUAACAUCCAGCCGACGUACGACGGGGAGCAGGGCGAGGAGCCGGCCGUACCGAAGGCGCUGAAGAAGAUCCAGUCGGAGAUACGGGACGUGAUGCGGCAGAUCGUGGCCACGAUCAGCUUUCUGCCCUGUCUCGACCAGCGCUGCACCUUCGACAUCAUGCUGCACACGGUCGGCGAGGUGUUCGAGGCCAACCCGACCAUGAUCAAGCAGUUCCGCGAGGAAGAUAUUGCCAGCAUCGAGAUCGAGGGUGCGCAAUCGAUUGCGCUGAAGCAGUUCAGCACCGGGCUGCAGACGGUCGACACGAAGGUGGUGUACCGGGUGACCGAUCCCUAGUGGGCAGGCGACCGAUCGACCCUUUUGCCUUUGUUUUAUUACCAGUUUAAGUAUUUUUUCAACCUUUUUGCAUUCAUAAAAUUGACAUUAAGUGGCUGUGAUGGGUGGGAGACAGCGUGCAUUUGUUAAUAAGACGAUUAUAUCGAGCGGAAUGGCUUUCUUUCAUUACAUUGGACAGUUCUCAGUGAUUGGCAAUGUACGUGUUAAAGGUGGAACUCGAGCCAGUUCACGCGGAAAGAAAAGGCCUUCAGCGUCCUAAGUCCCAAUCGAAAACGGGUUCAUAGGAAAAGGUUGGUUUCUGCCCGAAAGGAGAUAUUGUAACAAAUUGUGCAUUAAACUUUCCGCUAGCAUUCUCGUGGUAGUCUAUGCAGCGAAAGUGGUGAUUAAUAGCACUUUUCGAAUGGGGCAGAGUGACUCGGAUGAGACCUUAAACCAAUCCUAGGAAAGGCCAACAUAGAAAAUCGUUAAGGUACUGAAUUAAAUCUCACGUUUAUUUAACAAAAUCGGUUCUUAUAUAUAGUGGAAUCCCUCAUAACGAGUUAAAUCUGUUCCAAUGACUCACUCGUUGUGCAAAAAGCACGUUAUGUGGGAUGAUGAUGAGUUCCACCUCUUACCUCGACAAUUGAUUGAGAGGAACGAAUUUAUCAUUAGGAUAUUAAAUUUACAACUUAGAAGAUUAUUAGAUAUUCAACAAAAUCAGAGAGCUACAGUCUCAUCCAUAAUAGGUGGAAACGGUUUACAGCCUACAACAUAGUUGACCACAAUAGGUCUGUCCAUCUCAAACCCCAACACAUGAGUCCAUAACGAUCCGAUCCUCGCGCGUGUGUCUCAAUAGAUUGUAGCGCGAUAUUUUUAGUAUUUUAAAAAACAAACGAAAAUUAAUAAGAAAAUUUCAUCAUCAUCGCUCACGCAAGUAAUGGUAAUGCAGUGUACUAAACAAAACGAGAUACAACGAUUAUCUUACAUCAAAAUUGUUUGAUUCUAAAGCAUGCGGUUUCAAACUGUCAUCCGCUGCGGGUGUCAAAUUCCAUACAUUUUCAGAAAACGAACGCACGCCCACAUUAGAGAUCACUUUAGCCAUCACAUUAGCCGAUAACAUUCUAGGAAGCCUGGGCUCAUCAUGUGCCCUGCGUGUUCUAUGUGCAUGUAUAUUGUUACCCCGGAUCAUCCUUUCCCCCAAGUACACAGGUACAUGUCCAUUUAGUAGUUUGUAGAUGAACACCAUAGGUUAGGUAGAUUAUUCUUUGCCUCAUGGACAUCCAUUGCAAAAUAUUGAGCAUAAUUUCUGACGCGGUAAAACGACCAAAGUUUAGCACAGCUCUCAUACCUCUGUUCUGAAUCUUUUGAAGUCGCGAUAAUUUAGUUCCCGAAGCCAGAAAAAAGUAUAGAAGGGCAGUAAGUAAUGUACGAUCCGAAUGUGUUGUGUAGUUCAAUGUUUCCCUCCAAAUUAAUAACAUUCCUAAGCCUUGUAAGAACGCUACAUUUGCUGGCCAUUUUCUUAAUCACAUCAUCAAUAAUUAAAGCGCAAUCUGUCAUCUACCAUUACUCCAAGAUAUUUAAUGUCUGUUGCUAGUAAUCCAUUGAUCAGUUCUUAGUAUCGCCAAAAUAUUGUUCAAAAGGAAGUUAUGUAGCAAUUAAACUGAAUACACUACCUCAAUUACUCCACCUGUCGAUAAGCACAACAAAACUGUCAGCUCCGCUAUCUGAACUAAAAAGAGUUAUCUAGUCGUAGAGCGAACGCGCCCACGGGACACUUUU